AUCUCAUUGGUUGCUCAUUGGUGACCAGAUGGUCCUCGUCGGGUUGAAAAUUUCCUGCAUGACGACAUAUGACUAGUUUUACUUGCGGUGUCGGAAGUUGGAACUCGCACGCGUAUACGGCUUGCCCAUGAGCUAUCCCAGGCAACGAUCCCACCAAGAAUCACUCCUGAGAAGCAGGACCUCGGUUUGAAUUAGGUAUAAUUCUGUCGUCUGAUGUUUCUAUGUUGUGGAAAUUAGGUUGCACGCCACAUUCGGCUAGAGGACCGAGUAAACUCCAGUAGGUGGCCGAAGACGACAGGAGACAACGCCACAUUGGGUGCCCAGGACCGGCAAAGAGGUUGUGCAGGAGUGGCAAUGUCGCGACUCUUCCAAAAGCGUCCAAAAGCGACUUAUUUUGGGUUUACUUAGAGCGGCGCAAUAUCAAAUCCCCCCGGUGCAACCGUUUUAUCGAAUAUUAUGGUCGGAAGAAUGGGCGCGACGCUAUUUGGUGUCACUUUACUGCAAACCUAUGAAUAUUACAAACGAUACCCGAAGGAUUCUUUUCUCAUCAAGUUUAUGGUUGCCGGACUUACUAUACUUGAUACUCUUCAUCUGGUCUUAUGCUCACGGACGAUAUACUGGUAUCUAAUCUCCAACUUUAAUAACCCGGAUAACUUGGACAAGACCACUUGGAGUAUGGCACUGCAGACGGAUUGCAAUGGAAUCAUUGGCGUGAUAGUGGAGGGCUUCUUCGCACGCAGGGUGUACAUAAUGAGCAAGAAUUGGUACAUCACCACUAUCAUUGUGGUCCUCGCAGUCCUGCAUUUUGCUUUGGGCGUGGUAUUCACUGCGCAAUCGUUCAUUCUUGGCCAAUUCUCCAAGUUCUCGAGCCUCACAUGGAUUACUUGUACUGGCCUUGGCGCGGCGGCUCUGUCAGAUAUUGUAAUUGCCUUGUCCAUGUGUUAUUAUCUGCAAAAGAAGCGUACUGGUGUCGAUCGUACGGAUGACUUGGUUACGACGCUUAUGCUCUACAGCAUCAACACGGGUCUUUUGACGAGUAUCAUUGCUACAACCGCAGUUAUUGCGUUCGCAAUCAUGCCAACGAAUUUCGUCUGGCUCUGCUUCUUUUGGAUUCUGGGAAAAUGUUACGUGAACUCCAUCCUGGCAUCACUAAACAGUCGGGAGCGCCUGCGAAAUAGGGCGUACUCGUCUGAUGUUCAAUUCUCACCAAGUGGCAACAGACGGGCGACGGAGUCCCUCGGCUUCCGAGAAGCACCCAUCAUCCUACACAAGGUUAGCGCACCAUCGCCAGCACUGGCAGUUGCGGUGCAGACUACCACUGAGUACCUGUCAGACUUCCCGGAGUCGGCAAAAACUAACUCUGUGAUGUCACGUUCAAGCAAAGGAGACCGUGACGAUAGUCCGACCUGGAUUCUCUCCAGCAAGCAUCGGAAGACGAAGGACGAUGCAUAGUCGUCACGAACUUUCCUUUCUCCUUUCAUCCCACUUAUUUGUCUGUUGCAUCAUCAUCAACAUUUAUAUCUAGCUAUCGCCUCAUAUAUGUAACCCCUCACUAUCGUUUCUGUCAUUCUAUUGCUGUACCUCCGAUAAUGCGUAAUUGUAGACAAGUCAUGGACUGAUCAUGGAUACAUGCCCAACUAAUAUCGCACUG